UUGAUAUAUGAGAUUAAGAAGAAUCUGUACGCAAAUCACAUUUUUUGCAAUUUUAUUUUAUCCAGGAAAGAGAUAGAAGAAAAGAGAGGAAGGACUGGAUCAUAUUAAGAAAAAAAAAUAGUGAAAGGAAAAAAUAUAGAGCUUAGAAGAUUUCAAGCUCCACAGUAUAGCUGCCUUAUUUAUGAAUGUUUUUCUAUUCAAACAUUUUAUCUGUGUAGCCAAGUUUGACAUAAAUUGCUCAUCUAAAAUAAUUAUUUCUCAUCCCAUGAAAAUAAAUUCAAAAUUUUAACUUAAUUUACAGGAAAUUAGCUGAGCAACUCAUAAACCAACUAUCUGCAAGGGCUUGAUUACAGAACACACAGUGGAAGGGACACAAUUUGCAGCAUGAGGUCUUGUAGCAAGGACUAGGAAUUUCUGAAAAAAUAUCAUGUCAAUUAUGUCAACUGUGUCAAUUUAAAAAUUAGAUUUCUGUAGAAAGAAUUAUUCUUUGGUCACUGCAAUGUUCUGAUAUUCAAAAGAACUCUUCAUUUAUAUAUAUAUAUUUUUUCCUUUGAAAGGAAGAGGAAUUGUUGGAGAGGAAAAAAAAAUGGGGAGACAUUUAAUACAGGACAUUUCCUUCCUAUUAAGAUUCCCUGUUUUCUAUUAAAGUUCUGUAUUUUAUUUACAGUUCUCGUCACUGAUUUCUGUAUUUUGGUGCAUCCUGACAUCUGCCAGUGGCAGUGCAGAAAGGUGGUGGAAUCCUGGGCUCUAGGUAGAGCAGCCAUCAGAUCAAGGGAGGUGAUCUUCCCCCCUUGCUCUGAACACGUGCAUCCGUUCUGGGGGCACCUAGUACUCAAGGAAACAGACAAGCACAAGUGAGUUCAGCUUGGGGCUACAGGGAGGCUGUGGGACUGUGGUCAGUUCAGGCAUGCAAAGGGGCAGCUUUGGGGGCACCCAGCUGCACAGGGUGCAGGCACAGACUCAGAUGUGAAUGAUCCAAAUUGUUUAUUACAGGUUCUAAAAUCCCCUAUAUACAUUCACAAGUAUUCUCUUUUAACUUUCCCACCCGCCUUUACAUGUCGACAAAACGUUCCACAAACACUCCUUCACCAUGCAUGCAAGUGCUUAUCAAACAUGAGUUGUUCCUAGCCACAAGUUCUUUCUCCAGUCAGGGUCGUCAUCAUGCAAAUCACUUCACUUUUCUCUUCUUCUGGAGAUGUCCUUGGUUCUCAGCCUUGCCUUCUCAUGCUGUUUAUCUUGCUUUGCAGUUUCUGCUCUGAAUAGUCUUCCUUGUACUCCCACACUCAGCAGCAGCCCCAGAACCAUCAACAGGGGACAGAGGAGACACAGAUGGACUCUGCACUGGGUGCAUGGUGGGAGGGUGAGAAGAACGGAAUGAGCUGAGAGUGAGAUACUCAAGCUGGAGGCAAAGAGGAGGGUUUUCCCACCAGGACAGCUUGGGCACACAGCCAGGCAGGUUGGCUGCAUUCUGGCCUGAGGACCCUCACGCUCCAGCGGCAUGAGGCCCUGAGCAGCCCGGCCUGACUGUGGAGGGCCCUGCUCCAGGCAGGGCAGGACUGGAGACCUCCAUGCAGGCUCACCAGGCGCAGCAGGGCUCUGAGAUACUGUGAAGGGAGAAAUGAAGUCUUCCUAGAAAAAUGGAAUCACAAUAUCAACAGAAUAAAAAAAGCAGUCAUUCUUUUCAAAAGGUCAGGCACAUUAUUUUCAGUUAGACAAGGAGCAUUCAUUUCAUACUUAUCAUAAAGAUUCAUCAGAGUGUCCUAGGUUUGCCACAGGCAGCUGGUUGAGAGAAAUGGCAAGGCUUGCGUGGGGCUUCCUCCUCCAUCGUCUUCUCCUGAAAUACUGUAUUGAAAAACUUAACAUUUGUAGAACCUUUGUAUAAAUUCCUUUGACUUUACACUCAUGAAGUUAGCAAUGCCACCCCAGAAAAACAGGAUAUAGUAAAAGAAGUGAGGUUAGAACCAGGACAUGGUGCUUCACCUUCCCAUCUGCCCAAUUUUUCAAUAGCAGCAUUGUGUAUUUACAUACCAGAUGGCACCAGUCAUCUAUGACAAAGUUUUUCUCCCCCAUCCCUUUGUAAUACUAUUAACAAUAAAUUCUUUCAGAACACAAACUAUUCAAUCAGUUGACAUUUACUCCUCAGCACUGCUUGAGGCAAAGAAGGGGCUGAGAUGCACUGGUAUUGGUAUCACAUGGAUUUUCUGUAUCUGUCAGCUUCAACUCUGAAAGAGCAAACAGUAGUCUUCAGUUAGCAAUCCCUCACAGAAUUUAAUGCUUUUCUUCAGGAAAACACAUGGCUCGAUAAGGUAUUCUGUGACAUUUUUAAAGUAUUACGCAAGAGCUGGCUUGUUUCUUCAAGAAUUUACUGGACUGUGAUAUUGUACACUUACUAUUUUACACACAUGAGUAUCUACAGAAAGUUUCCCUAUGAAACUUUCCCUAUGAACCUAUUCACCUUUGAAACUCCCACUAGACUAAUCUGGAAUAAAAUAAAAAGAAAUAAUGAAUCAUUUAGCUAAAUAGGCAAAUUUAUGCUCAUCACUGUUCCUUUUUUUUCUUUUAUUUGUGCUUUACUUGUACUUUCCUUUUACUUUCUUCCUUUGCUUUUCUAACUCUUUUCUUUACUUUUCUUACUCUGGGAAAAACAAAACAAAACAAAACAAAAACACAAAAAUCAGAAUGUAUGUAAAAGAAUGGCUGAGGUUGGCAGGGACCUCUGAAUCCACUUGGUCCAACCCCUGCUCAAGCAAGUACGCUCAGAGCAGGGUGCCCAGGAUCAUGCCCAGGUGGCGUUUGAAAACCUCCCAGGAGGACACCCCACAGACCCUGGGCAGCUUGUGCCAGCUCCAGCACCUGUGCAGUGCAGUAGUGCUGCCUUGUGUUCAGAGGGAGGCUCCUGCGUUCCACUUAGUGCCCAUUGCCUCUUGUCCGGGCACUGGGCAUCACUGGGGAGAACUGUCCAAACAAAGUUUGUAUUGAGAGAAGGUAAGAUUUUUACCACCGUUGGAAAAACCUCUGUAAUUUAAAAAUAGAAGAAAUGGUCUAGCUCUUCCCAGGCCUGAACUCACUAGAUAUAUUGAUGUUAAGAAUUUUCAGCUAAUUUCCUAAAGAAAUAGAUGUUUAUCUCUCACACUAUUGCUUCUUUUCUACCCACUUCUGAAAAUCAGCCAUUUUUCAACCAAAUCUAGAGCCAAUUUCAGAGCCUCAAAUGUAACCAAACGACUUCAAACUUAAAAAGUCUUUUGCAGGAUAGAGAGGCCUGAAUUAAUGAUUCACUGAGAGAAAUGUCAAACAGAAUGUGGGCCUUCAUGGCCUUAUGUCUUUUUUUCUCUGUCAGUAACUAACGCUUCUGACCCACCACAGAACCAGGAGCUCUGGAUUAAUUACAGGCUGCCAUUUCUUGCCUGAUGUUGUGAAUGUAAUUAUUGCAGCUUGUGUGCAUGUGAGCACAGACAAUGACAAUUCACACAAAUCCAGAGGGAACCAGGCUUCAUUAGUUCUGCAGCCCACAGAACAGUCUCUUUUUGUUGCAGCAUUUGCUAACCAAUACAGAAUCAAACUGUACUUGCUGUAAUCCAUGAUGCAUCCAUCCAUCAUGGCAUAUCAGUGUCCAUCUUUGAGUUUUGCUCCAAAAAUUGUGGUCUCUACACGGUGUUAUUGUGGCACAAAAGAUGUGGAUAAGCAAAGCUUUAAUUAAAGACAUGUGAAAAGUUUUUAUGUCAGACCUCAGUCAUGAAACUAUCAGCCCCAAAUCAAAACAUGCUUUAAUUUACUAUCAGGCUACCCACUGCAGAAGCUCAUGUUGAUAGGCACGUAGAGUGGUGCUGAGCCCCUUCUAGCAAGGUAUGUAAUAUCAAGAAGAAAUAACAGAUUUCUGAUGUGCUUAUUAGGAGAGAAUGAUGCAGGCUGCGAGAAGAAAGUUGUCUCCUGGCUUCCUUCAUGCUAAUUAAUGCAUUCAGAAGCUGUACUGAAAGGAAUUUAAACUCGUGAUAGUCAUAAGAGAAGAGAUCAAAGAAGAAAAAAAAAACAGAUCAAGUCAAGGAAAGGAAAGCUGUACAUGCCUUUAGUCAACAGACGGAAUACAGGUCUGAAGAAGGUAAGGCUUGAGUUUUUUUAUUCUACCUAAACUUAAGCUUUUCUAUUUGGCUUAAAAACUAUGCUUCAGCAGAGACUUAACUGACUCAUAGUGCAGUCUGAAAAUGCAUUGUUUCCUUGGAUAGAGUUUUAUUUGGCAAGGUCACUGUUUUUCACACUCACCCCAGUAUGGGAAGUAGAUGGGUUGGAUACUAUCAAAUAGAAUCUGUUAAACUGCUUAUAUGACAGAGACAUGAUUACUUGCGGGUUCUUCCUUUGUAAUGUUGAGACUAUUUCUAGUUGGAUGAUUAUUCUCUUAAAAUUGAAAAUUAGGAUUAUAACUUCUCUGUGCUUGUCAGCCAAUGUAAGUUAGUGUAACCAUCUGAAAACCAACAGAUCUUUGACAGUUUGUGCUGACUGACCCUUUGAACAUUAAUAGCAGGUAACAGAAAUACAGAAACACGUGCUUAUACACAUAAUAUUCUUAUUUUUCUUCCAAAUAUUUUUCCUUGUCCAGACAAAUUGUCUUUAUGUUUUUUUCUAUAUUCCUGUGAGAUUUUGCUUCAGAAAAAGUCACUAGUUAGCGCCUAAAGAGACCAUGUCAAAUCACUGCCUGUUACAUUUGCGUGGAACAGUUCAUGGUUUUGAGUUUUGCAUUUUUGAGGUUUUAAAUUGGGACAGCUGCAAAUGCAUAUGGAUCUGCUUAAUUCUGAGAAUAACUGGCUGCCCUUCCUCCCUAAAAUGCCCCCACUGAAAUAAAAAAGCUCAUACUAUUUAUAUGCCUUACAGAUAACAAAUUAUUUCUAUUCUAUUCUAACCUGUGGUUUUUAACAGGGGUAGUCUCUCAAAAUGCCCAGAAGAAGCCACCAUCAGGAUGGAGACUUCUUUAGAGGAAAAGGACGCAACUAUUUCACAGCAGAAGAAGCCCUGGGAAUUGGGAUCUUCAUUUUGGUGCUGGCCAUGUUGCUUAUCUUAGGCUGCUGGCUUUACAAAAGGCGUAGUGGCUAUAAAAGACUACAGAGCAAAGGCAUCAUUAAGGGCACCAUACGAACUGUGGUAGGUGAGGGAAUAACACCGGACUGCAAAACAGCUCUGCAAGAGUACAGAAACUUUAAUACUGUGGUACCCGAUGCUCCGCCAGCCUAUGAAAAAAUUGCUGCAGAGCAGUCACCACCACCUUAUUCACCAUGACAGCAAGAAGUCUUAAACUCUGAGCACAUUCAUUCAAUUUCUUCAUGCUCCCUUUUGAUUUCCUAUACAUUCUUAACUUUCUCAAAGCUAAAACUGCAAUAAAAAUUCACGCACUUUCAUGAGCAAUUGCUGAGAAUUACUCUUGCUUAAUUAAAAGAAUUAGUUCUUGAAACGCUUCAAUAAAGCUGACGGUGCUUCUGUUUUAUGUUUUUCAUUUCUUGUGUCCAGAUUAAUACAUUUUGCUCAGGUUUUGGCUUCUUGCAUCCUUCACAGAAGUACCAAUGUUAAGAACACAACACUGAGUAACAACUAAAUUAAAAAGUGCAGGCAACUGCACAUUCAUCUUCCACGCUUGCUUAUAGUCCCUGUUAUUUUGUACUUGUCAGUGCAUGUAACAAUGAUCACAUUUCAUCUCCUACUGGCGAGAAAGGAGAGAAGUCACAGAAAGCAAAGAACUGUAAUGCAUGUGAAUUAAGGUGUAUUCAUUCAGCAGAUACUUGUUCAAAGGUAAUAAGUAUCUGUGAAUUCUGUGAAAGUUUAAAAUUAUUUGCUUUUUAUAAUUAUUUGAUACAUGUAUUUAGAAAUUUAGAGAAGUACUCAAACUCAAAAUGUUGUCUUAAAGUUGUCAUUUUCAGCAUACUCCUUUAAGGAAAAAUAUUCUGUGGACUUGCUUAGUGACAGAAAGAAUGUACUGGAAAACAGGCCAAUGCCAGCUUAGAGCUGGUAAGCACUGGAUGUGUAGAAUACAGUAUGCUCCCUACAUUUUUUGCAGAACCGGCAAGCUCCAGGCCAGUGAUCUUUAGCAGCUCUAUACUCUGCUGCUGUCUACCCUGGGGGCAACUUCCUUUCAAACACAGCACCAGAAAGUCUAUGUCUGAGAGAAAGUUUGGAUAAACAGAAAGAACUACUUCCCCAACUGCAAAAUCAUAGUUCUUCAAUAGAUGUUGUCCCUAUAUGCUUCGCUCUUGGGCCAAUGCAAAAGAAGUUGCAAAAGGUGCUGGGGCAGCAGCUUCCCUAGAGAACAUGAAGGAUUGGCAAGGCUGCACCAUCUCUCAAAUUCCCUCAUAAAAAAGGAGCUAGAUAUUUCUGACCCCUGCUUCACCAGAGAAAAAGGGCAGAACACAGAAUCCAAUUUGAUGGCACAUUUUUAACAUCUAAGAUACAAGAUACUGUUAUUGUCUUCUCCAGUUUCUCCAGUACCUCCAGAAAGUUCUCGGUUGGUGAUAGUGCUGCACUCCACUCUUUCUGGGCUCAAAGGGCCCAAGAACUGCAGCAGUGCUUGAGCAGCGGAUAUGCUUUCACAUUUCCAAACUACUUUAUUGCUAUGGCAGCAAUUACGUGCUUGGACCACAUGUUUUUUUGUUCCUUCCCUGAGAGGUACAUUGCAUCAGCAAAGUACAGAUCAGAAGGGGACAAAGAGUGAUGGCCUAAUACAAAUAAUUUAGUCUUUCACUACUGAUUUUGUCAGGUCUUUUCAACUCAGCUCACUCUCAUUUCUGGAUGGGAGGAACAGACUCCUGUGCAGCACAUUGUGUUCACUAUGCUCUUUGCUUAUACAGAAAAUCAGCCUUCCUCCUCCUCGUUCAUAUCUGAAUUAUCCUUGUUAUCAUAAUCUUCAUUCUUGUAGCUAUUUGGGAAAAGAACAGACUCAUAUUUUCUGGAGAGUAUUUUCUAAGAAAAAGGGCUUAAUCUUUCAACAUUUGUCAGUUUGCCCUUUACCAAUUACCUUGUUAGAGGCAAUUUAUUUCUUUUUCUGUGUGCCACCACUUAUGCCCCAAGUAACUCUUCACUAACACUCAGGAAAAAAACAGCUCCCAUUUUAGACAUAGAACGUCAGCCAGUUUUCAGUCCACCUCACUGUCUUCUCAUCCAGCCCCACCUUGUCUAUGAGGGUGUUACGCAGGACAGUGUCAAAGGCCUCACUGAAGUCCAGGCUAACAUUGCUCAGUGCUAGCUUUACUGUCUGCAGUUAUUUGCAGUAGGAAUUUUAGGCUUGUUUUUUGUCUGGUAACUGUGCUUAAAAAACUUUUGAAUCACUUCAGAAUAUUUGUCGAAACAGCAUAAUCAUAUGGCAUGUGUGAAUACCUCCUGAACAUUAACCUCCUGUAAAGACAUCCUUGCAGAGGAUAAAGAUGCCCCAUCUGCACCUUGUAGUAUGUUAUUCCUACAUCAGUAUCUCCAGAAACCAUUUCCUGAACUGUUCUGGAGUCAACACAGAUGCAAGGUUGUGGUUCUUACAACAUUGGUACACCCCAGCACAUGUGGUCCAUGUACUCCGCACAUGUUGUAUUUGGCCUCACCAACAGGAAAGAUCACAACAGUGUUUCAUGGUCAAAUCCUUGUUUAAAACUUUUUUUUUUUUUUUUCAGGCAUUCAUAUACUUCUCUCAUCAUUUCUGUAGAUGAAAGAACAAUUUCAGCUUUUAUGCCCACUGUUAUUUCUGCUCUGCUUCUCCGGAUUACUGCUCAUCUUUUUUCCCAGUCCCUGAUUCCCUGGCUGCAAACCAUCCUGUCACAAGACAGGCUGACCCUGGCUGAGUUCCCACAGCUCUCCUGGAAAUCAACUCUCGUCCUUUCCUCCGUCAUUCUCUACUGGUCACCACAGUGAGAGAGGAUCCUGCUGUCAACAGUUUAUGGGCUGGUUUGACCUGGUUCGGUGACUAAUGGGGAGGGGGGAGUCACGAACCCACACCUGGGAAAAGGGGAAUGGGGGAAAAGGGGACAGGGUAGGGAGAAGGGCCUAAAAACAAAACAGCAGCAACGGUCUGAGGAGGAAAGCUGAUUUACUAAAAAAGAUAUCGGAAUGCAAGAUAACACAAUAUAAUACAAUAUAAUUGCAACUGAGACUAAUAAAUCAAAUAAAAUGAGAGAGAGACUGUCCAAAAACCGAAGGCCUUAACUCUAAUGCUGAAGACAAGACAACCAGGGGAGCACACGUGCUGCUGGGAUGAGCAGAAAGGGAAAACCUGCGGACAGUUUUACCUUUCCUCUGAAUGGAAAACGGAAACAGAACAGCAAGCAGUCCUCUGGGGUAUGUAGUUCUUCUUCUCCUCUGAGAACCAGGUACCCAGAACUGUCCACGAUCCACAGAACUGGAGUAUUAACUCUUUAACUCCCAGUGCACUACAUGAUGCUAUGAUGUGGAAUACCGAUUACAAAAAUCAUAAAACCACGACACCUGCACAUUCAAAUAAGCUAAAAUCAACAGCAGCAGGGUCUGCAGAGAGAGGAGUGCCAGAUUUGCAUUGGUUUCAAUAAUCUCCUUUAAAGGUCAUGUCUUUAAAAUCAUGGUGUUUUUGAGUAGGCAUAGUUUUAGGGGAAGUUGGAUCUUUUUUGUCAGUGAAGUAUAUUUGGCUUAUAGUUGAUAUUCCUAUGGAAAGAUUUGUACAGAAUAGGUUCAUAGUGCUCCUUUGUCUUUAGAAAUGUGAAUUCUGUUCCCACAUCUCAAGGACAAAGUAAAAUGGAAAAUGACAGCAAUGACAGAAACAGAUUACUUCCAUGAGGGGAGUAACUGAAUUGACCAUGUCUCUUCAUUCUCACAAAGAGAUACAACCAACAUGGCAAAAGUCCACAUCUGCCACAUGGAGAAAUGAAUACAGAGUGAAGACUUGUUGUCUCCCACUAUUAAUACUAUGAGUAUGAAAUUAGCAGUUAUCAGGUUCAGAAACAAAGAGAUUAUAUACACAUUAUCUGAAAAACUCUUCAUCACAGGAUGCUGGGGAUGGUAAUAACUCACACGCAUUCAAGCAGUGUUCUGGAAAGGAUUGAUCAAUUUCAUCAUGAAAAGCUCGCUGAAGGCUCUUAAACAGAUUUUUAAAAAUGCACAAUACAAAACCCCAAAACAAAAUAAAAAAACCAACCACAACCAUAACAAGGAACAGCAAUAAUAAAAAAUUUGCAGAGGGAGAUGCUGGUUCACAGAUUACUGGGUACUAGAAGAGUGUUCAGGAAAUGCGUCACCAGCUGUUUGCCUUAUUAUACUCAUUUGAAUCACUGCUGUGCACCACUCCAAGGCAUAUGAUGCUAAAAAAGAUGGACUUUUAUUCUGAUCCAGCACUACCACUCUUAUUUGGAGUCAAUAAAGCCAUCUGUUUGAGUAGCUUGGCUAGCCACUGUGUAUCAAUAAAGAACCAAAGUAUAUUUGUAAGAUUCUAGAAUAACCUAGGAUGAAAAAGACCGUUAAGGUCAUCUAGCCCAGAUAUCAACCUGACCUAUUAAGUCUUACCACUGAACCACACGCCUAAGCACCGCACCCACACACCUCUUAAAUACCUCCAGGGAUGGCAACUUCACCACUACCCUGGGUAGCCACUUCCAAUGCCUUGUCCAAUCUAAGCCUCCUCUGGUGCAACUUGAAGCAAUUUCUUUGCAUAUUAUUAACUGUCACCUGAGAAAAGAGACCAAUAUCCUCCUCACUGCUGCCCCCUUUCACGUAGCUGUAGGGAGGGAUGAGGUCUCCUCUCACCCUCGUCUUCUCCAGACUAAACAACUGCAGUUCUCUCAGCUACUCAUGUGUCUUGUUUUCUUGUCCCUACACCAGCUUCAUCACACUUCUCUGCAUGCACUCAAGCAACUCAGUAUUGUUGUUCUAGUGAGGAGCUCAAAACUGAACAUGGUACUCAAUGUGUGGUCUCAGCAGUGCCAAGUAGUGAUCAUUAUUUCUGUAGUCCUGCUGGCCACGCUACUUCCAGUGCAGGCCAGGAUUCCAUUGGCAUUCUUGGCCAUCUGGGCACAUGCUGGUUCAUGUUCAGCUGGCUGCUGACCAGCACUCCCAGGUCCCUUUCUGCUGGGCAUCUUUCCCCAAGCCCAUUACGGCUGCAUGGAGUUGUUAUGAACCAAGCAUUGAACCCAGCACCUAGCCUUGUUGGCUGUUAGGUGAUAGGUCUCAGCCCAUCCAUCCAGGAUUGAACUCUAUUCACAAGCCAGUUCUUCUCCCAGUGAGCUUUAUGCCUGUCUAAGCCAUGAGCAGCCAGUUUCUCCAGCAGAAUGCUGUGGAAAAUAGUGUGAAAUGCUUUUCUGAAGUAGACGUAAAUGACAUCAUCAGCCUUUCCGUCUUCUGUCGUGUGUGUCGUCUUGUCACGGAAGGAGGUUACUCAGGCAGGACCUGCCCUUCAUAAACCCAAGGCGGCUGCUUCUGAUUACUUGAUUCUCCUGUAUGUGCUGUGUGACAGCUCUUCAGAUGAUCUGCUUCAUAACCUUCUUUGGCAUAGAGAGUAGACUGACAGGCCUGUAAUUCUCUGCAUUCUCCUUCUUAUCCUUCUUGUAGACUGGAGUCACAUUUGCAAACCUCCAGUCAACUGGGACAUCCCCACUCAAUUAAGACAGCUAAUAAAUUGCUGGGAGUGCUCUGGUGAGCACUUCCACUAGCUCCUUCACUGGAUAAAUCCUGCCUGGCCCCAUGGACUUAGGAACAUUUAGAAUUUGUAGGAGUUCACUUAACAGUUUAUUGCAGGAUUAUAAGUCAUCUUCUUGAUCCCCAUCACCACCUUCCAAUCAGGGGGCUGGGUACUCUGAGAACAACUGAACUUGCUAAUACAGACUGAGCACGAUUCAGAAACAUGUUGCAGAAGACACAACUAGCUUCUCCUAACUUGCCUUUGACAAACUCUCUGUCUUGUAGAUGGACUUCAUGUGCAGCUUACAGAGAGAACUGCCUACAUGAAUUUUAGCUUUUCUCUCUCACCUCUGCUGUUCUUUUUAAAGAAAACAGCCUCAUCAUAGCAAACAUUCAUACUUUAACCAAAAUGAUACAUUUACUUCAAAAUCAAUGGGGACUACUGCAAUUCUGCAUUACCACAAAACGUAAGCAAAAACAGCUAUAAAGCAAUCUUCGUGAUCAAUACCUUGAUGCUGUGGCCUCCCUUCAAACAUCAUCUUCCUGUAACUUGACCUUCCUAAGUGAGGCACAUUUUUUUCCCUUCCUUACCUGGAGAGCACUUGCAUUUAUAAUUCUCAUUGAAGUCUUAGGUAUAUCACAUAUUCAAAUCAGAGUUGAUUUGAAUGACAUUACCACACUUGGCAAGAACAGUACCCCCAUGACUAUUAACACUGAUGAAGUUUAAUUGCUUCCAGUGCAGUAGAAGCAGAAUCCCUAGAAGAAAAUGGAAGCACACAUAUUCAUAGCUAAGUAUAUAUCAAAAUACUUAGCUUGAAUAGUGAGGCAAAAUGAAUGUCAUUUUCUGCUCACAACAAAGCAAAAUUAUUGUACAGAACAUACAUAACAAAUUUAAUUAAAAAUCAAAGAUACCACCCAAAAUGUUGAAAGUCAUUAACAAAGCCAAAAUGUUGUUUAUAAUAACUCAAUACCUGUUUGUAAUAUCUGAAGUGGUUUAACUCUAGUUAACCAGUUACCGAAUUACUUUUCACAACAGUAUAAAGGGCAGCUGGCACAGAAGAAUCUGUGGCUUUAUUCUUCAAAGACGGGAUCCAAGCUGCGACCAGCAAAUGAAGAGGGGAAGGAGAAAACUAGAGAGGAUGAGGAAGAAAAGCCUAAACCUUGUCUUUAUAGAAAUCAGUCCAAGAAUACUGCUAAAGGAAGAUAGCAGAGUUUUUCCUUCAUUUAGAAGUCACUGCUAUUAAAAAGAUAACUGACAUUCACGAGUUCUGAAAUCCUCUGCUCUACAUUGUUCUUAAAACAAAUGAACCAUAAAAACAACAAAAAUCCAGCAUGUACAAAGAUACUUGGCCUAAGUUCGGCUCUUCCAAGUAAUUAACAGAAAAAAUGACUUCAGAUUUUAAUGCAGCACUUCUAAAACAGGCAUCUUCCUCAAAGAAGAGCUGCUAGAAAGGCACCCUUUCUUUAUAUGCUAGCAGACACAUAAAAAUCUUAAAAGGUAAUAAAAAGCCUCUCAAUUUCCACGUGCACUGCAGCAGGCACUUAUGGACCUAGCUGAUCUGCUGGAAAUGACCCAAGGUUUUUAUCAGACCAAAGGCUGAACAUGAGACACAAAAUAUUGAAUACCAUUGAUAAAAAAGAAAGGUGUACGCAAUACUACCAAUGUUCCUUUUAAUACCAGGCGAUGUUUUAGAAUUAUACUUUCAUAAAGACUUGGACCAAUGAAAAAUUAAAGAAAAAAGUACAUAUCUAGAAAGCAUGACUGGUGAAAAAACUGCAUGGCUUUUUCUGACUAGACAGAAGAACAUCAAAGAGUCACCUCGUUACAGUUACCAGAUGCAUGGAAGAGCAAAUACCAUAGCAAAAGAAAGACAAUAAUGAAUUUUCAAGAUACCUAAAAGCUUUGGUAGUCCUAACAUGGUAAAACCUGGUAGUCCUAAACAGGAAUCAGUGUGAUUUAGAAUAGUGUUUGGGAAACCAUUUUUAGUCUUACCCUAUCAUGGAAGAUUUCAGAACAUUUAACCAGAGGUUAUCCAUCUCUGUGUCAGGAGGAUUCAAUAAGAUGAUCUUCUUUCCAAUUCUUUGUAUAUCAU